AUGGAGGACGACGAGUACGAGGAGGGGAUGGAGAUGGGCGGGCACCACCACCCCCACCAUGGCAGCGGCGGGUACGGCGCCGACGAGUACGGCGGCGGGGAGGAGAUGGAGGACGACGAGGCGGAGGGGGACGGCCCCGACGAGGAGGAGAUCACCCAGGAGGACGCGUGGGCCGUCAUCUCCGCCUACUUCGAGGAGAAGGGCCUCGUCCGCCAGCAGCUCGACUCCUUCGACGAGUUCAUCCAGAACACCAUGCAGGAGAUCGUCGACGAGUCCGCCGACAUCGAGAUCCGCCCCGAGUCGCAGCACAACCCCGGCCGCCAGGCCGAGUUCGCCGAGACACUCCACAAGAUCAGCUUUGGACAAAUCUAUCUGAGCAAGCCAAUGAUGACAGAAGCUGAUGGAGAGACAGCUACUCUGUUUCCGAAAUCAGCAAGACUCAGAAAUCUGACAUACUCAGCGCCACUAUAUGUUGAUGUAUCAUACAGGGUUAUGAAAAAAGGACAUGACUGUGAAGAAGUUACAGAAACUAUGGAGUACCCAAAAGUCUUCAUUGGAAAGGUUCCCAUCAUGUUGCGUUCUAGUUACUGCACACUGUUUCAACAGUCUGAAAAGGAUCUCACAGAACUUGGAGAGUGCCCUUAUGACCAAGGAGGGUAUUUUAUAAUCAAUGGUAGUGAAAAAGUUCUUAUUGCCCAGGAGAAGAUGAGCACCAACCAUGUCUAUGUGUUUAAGAAGAGGCAGCCUAAUAAAUAUGCAUAUGUGGCUGAAGUCCGCUCUAUGGCAGAGAAUCAGAAUAGACCAGCUAGUAGUAUGUUUGUACGGAUGCUUUCUAGGGCAGGCGCAAAAGGGGGUUCAUCUGGUCAGUAUAUCCGUGCUACUUUGCCCUAUAUUCGUGCAGACAUUCCGAUCAUCAUCGUGUUCCGAGCAUUAGGAUUUGUUGCUGAUAAAGAUAUAUUGGAGCACAUAUGCUAUGAUUUCUCUGAUACACAAAUGAUGGAGUUGCUGCGCCCAUCUUUAGAGGAAGCUUUCGUCAUUCAAAAUCAGCAGGUUGCUCUGGAUUACAUUGGAAAGCGUGGAGCUACAGUUGGUGUAACUCGAGAAAAGAGGAUUAAGUAUGCCAAAGAGAUACUUCAAAAAGAAAUGUUACCCCAUGUUGGUGUGGGUGAAUUCUGUGAAACUAAAAAAGCAUACUACUUUGGAUACAUUAUUCAUCGUCUACUGAUGUGCGCUCUUGGUCGAAGAGCUGAAGAUGACAGAGAUCAUUAUGGCAACAAAAGGCUGGACCUUGCAGGUCCAUUGCUUGGAGGACUCUUUAGAAUGCUAUUCAGGAAAUUGACAAGGGAUGUGAGGUCAUACGUGCAAAAGUGUGUGGAUAAUGGCAAGGAAGUCAAUUUGCAAUUUGCUAUUAAAGCCAAAACCAUUACUAGCGGGUUGAAGUAUUCCCUUGCUACUGGAAACUGGGGACAGGCUAACCAAGCUGGUACCAGGGCUGGUGUUUCUCAGGUGCUUAAUCGCCUUACGUAUGCAUCUACAUUAUCUCAUCUGCGGAGGUUGAACUCUCCAAUCGGGCGUGAAGGGAAAUUGGCAAAACCUCGUCAAUUGCAUAAUUCUCACUGGGGAAUGAUGUGUCCUGCUGAAACCCCUGAGGGACAAGCUUGUGGUUUGGUUAAAAAUCUUGCCUUGAUGGUAUAUAUCACUGUUGGUUCUGCUGCAAAUCCUAUUUUGGAAUUUUUGGAGGAGUGGGGUACAGAAAAUUUUGAGGAGAUAUCACCAGCAGUCAUUCCGCAAGCUGCAAAAAUUUUUGUCAAUGGUUGUUGGGUUGGAAUUCACAGAAACCCUGACCUGUUGGUGAAGACCCUUAGGCGUUUGAGAAGACAGAUUGAUGUCAACACUGAAGUUGGUGUGGUUCGUGAUAUCCGUCUGAAAGAGCUCAGACUUUAUACAGACUAUGGACGCUGCAGUCGUCCAUUGUUCAUUGUUGAAAACCAAAGGCUUCUUAUUAAAAAGAAACAUAUCCGAGCAUUGCAGCAAAGGGAGACUCCUGAAGAAGGUUGGCAUGACUUAGUUGCUAAAGGAUUUAUUGAGUACAUAGAUACUGAAGAGGAAGAAACUACUAUGAUUUCCAUGACCAUUAAUGAUCUUGUAAAUGCUCGACACAAUCCAGAGGAGGCAUACUCUGAAACUUACACUCAUUGUGAGAUUCAUCCUUCAUUGAUACUUGGUGUUUGUGCCUCAAUUAUUCCUUUUCCGGAUCACAACCAGUCGCCUCGUAAUACAUAUCAAUCUGCUAUGGGAAAACAAGCAAUGGGAAUCUAUGUUACUAAUUAUCAGUUAAGAAUGGACACAUUGGCCUAUGUGCUAUAUUACCCACAAAAGCCUCUUGUUACCACUCGUGCUAUGGAACAUUUGCACUUCAGGCAGUUACCAGCUGGCAUUAAUGCAAUUGUUGCUAUUGCAUGCUACUCUGGAUAUAAUCAAGAAGAUUCAGUUAUUAUGAACCAAUCUUCAAUAGACCGUGGGUUCUUCCGAUCUCUAUUUUUCCGCUCGUACAGAGAUGAGGAAAAGAAGAUGGGGACUCUUGUGAAAGAGGAGUUUGGCCGUCCAAAUAGGGAGAAUACCAUGGGAAUGCGCCAUGGGUCAUAUGAUAAACUAGAUGAUGAUGGACUUGCACCACCAGGUACAAGGGUAUCUGGUGAAGAUGUCAUUAUUGGGAAGACAUCUCCUAUUCCACAAGAUGAUGCCCAAGGGCAAGCUACCAGAUACACUAAGCGUGAUCACAGUACUUCUCUGCGCCACAGUGAAAGUGGGAUGGUGGAUCAGGUUCUGCUAACAACAAAUGCUGAUGGUUUAAGAUUUGUGAAAGUUAGAAUGCGAUCAGUUCGCAUACCACAAAUUGGAGAUAAGUUUAGUAGUAGGCAUGGUCAGAAAGGAACUGUUGGAAUGACUUAUACACAGGAGGACAUGCCGUGGACUAUUGAAGGCAUCACACCUGAUAUUAUUGUGAAUCCACAUGCUAUUCCGUCCCGUAUGACUAUUGGUCAGCUGAUUGAGUGUAUUAUGGGUAAAGUUGCUGCUCACAUGGGAAAAGAAGGAGAUGCAACUCCUUUCACUGAUGUUACUGUGGAUAAUAUCAGCAAAGCACUCCAUAAAUGUGGUUAUCAGAUGCGUGGAUUUGAGACCAUGUACAAUGGUCACACUGGAAGAAAAUUAAGUGCAAUGAUUUUCCUUGGCCCUACUUAUUACCAGAGACUUAAGCACAUGGUGGAUGACAAGAUCCACUCUAGAGGCCGUGGUCCCGUGCAGAUACUUACCAGGCAACCUGCAGAGGGGCGCUCUCGUGAUGGUGGUCUCCGCUUCGGAGAGAUGGAGAGGGACUGCAUGAUUGCUCAUGGCGCAGCAUUUUUCCUAAAGGAAAGGUUAUUCGAUCAAAGUGAUGCAUACAGAGUCCAUGUAUGUGAGAAAUGUGGGCUUAUUGCUAUUGCUAAUCUCAAGAAGAAUUCUUUCGAGUGCAGAGGCUGCAAGAACAAAACUGACAUUGUCCAAGUACAUAUACCAUAUGCGUGUAAGCUUCUGUUCCAGGAGCUCAUGGCGAUGGCUAUCGCUCCGAGGAUGCUCACCAAUGAUAACAAAACUGGGAAGGAUCAGAAGAGGCGCUAAUAUUAAGUAUCGCAGGGGGGCGGAGCUUCUCGCUGUAUGCCGUAGUGCACUAAUGCUACAUCCUUCGUUUCAUAGCUAGUACUAAUAUCAUCUCUGUACCAUGAGGUCUUAAAUUCUAACUUGGACAUCUGAUGGAGAAAGCAGUCGGCAGGCCACACCCUCAAGAGUUAAUAUCAGCACUGCUGAUAUGUGUUCUUAGAUAUCCCAAAUCUACGCUAUAGGCGAAUUUGCGCAGCAAAUUUUUAUGUGCCCUUUACACCAAGGGAUAUACUGAUCCGGACUAAGGGACUGUACUGUAUACUGCACAUUGUUACCGGGACUGAGUUGUACCGGUUCUUAGUUUAUCGGGAUACUACAAAUCCCAGCUCGAACAUUACAUCAAUUGUUUGAUAAGAUAUCUUGUAAGAAAAAAGAAUAAUGAUGUAGGAUUAAUUACUGGAUUUUCAUGUAACAACUUCGCACACAGUUACUUCCACCGGAAACAAUGAGUUGAAUUUUCAUACAUCAUUAACUUA